AUGGCUGAAAUUGAUGAUAUGCCUGAUGAAGUCCUUUGCAAGAUACUCUCCCGACUACCACCCAAGACAAUGGGGCGGUCCAGAUGUGUAUGCACGCAUUGGAAUCGUCUGAUUUCAGAUCCCUCUUUUAUGAUGUCAAGACCAUCAUCAAGGCUCUAUCUACGUCGUGAUGCGUCACAUCCAUAUAAUCCUAUGUCUAUUGAGAUAUUAGAUGGAAGUAAUGGUUCAGUUACAAAUGUAGAAUUUUCGGUGUUCAAGGAUCUUCCCACUAUGAAAAACUGGGAUGAUAGAUUUGUAAAACUUGUCGGAACAUUUAGAGGAAGUAUCCUGUUGGUUGUUAAGGAUUUAGCUACGUGGGAUGUUUACAAAGGAAGCUAUUAUCAAGAGCAUAUGAUUUUGUUCAACCCGUUUACCGGUGUACAUGAGAUAUUUAAAGAUCCGUAUUCCCCUUUGCCUGCUGGCGUCUAUGCAUACGGAUUUGGCUAUGGUGCAGCCCGAGAUGAGAUGAAACUUGUUAGAUUUAGAAGGUUCAGAGUUUCAGGGGAAAACACGGGUUCUUGUGAGGUAUUGAAUCUUAAAACUCGUUCAUGGAGCCAACCAGCACUCACUAUUCCAGAUGGUAGCAUUGAUGGCUAUAUAGGUACCUUUCUUAAAGGAUUUUUGUAUUGGAUGAUUUCUUCGAAAAUCAUGGCUCUCGAUGUUGACAAGAUGGUAAUUUCAUGCCUACAUCAACCUGAUUCAACCGUCGAUAAAGAAAGUUGUUUGGGUACGUGUCAUGGACGCCUAUGGAUGAUCACGAACACCGAUGCCAAGACUCUCAAUUUUGAUGUGUGGGUAAUGAAGGAACAAGGCGUUGGUAACUCAUGGUCAAAAGCAUGUUCUUUUGCAGUAGGUCUGGAACCUCCGAGGUAUUUCCUUUUAUCUCGAUAUAUCAAAAUCACCGAGGACGGUAGAAUUAUAGUAUUUUUAAACUACAAUGCGGAUUGA